AUGUGGAAUACUAAUACCACGCAAAAUUCUCUAGAAAACAUAAGUAAUAAUAAAAACUUUGAAGAAACAGUACAUGAACAAUUACAAAUACAGCAAAAAACAUUACCAGAAGAUCAACAAAAAAAUUGGAUAGAAACUUCUACAGAAGAAUUAACAAACAUAAAGACACCAGAAAAUACUACAGAAAAUUUUACAAACGAAAUUGCUAUUGCAGAAAAUGAUGUAAUUUCAGAAACAACAUAUGAAAGUGAUAGAUUCUUUCAAGAACAGUUUUCUUUAUCACCCUUUAAAAUUGACACAGAAACUCUAAUUAAAGAAGACAAUAAAGUGGAUAAUGCAUUAGAAACUGAACAUGGAAACAAAGAUAAUUAUAUAGACGUAGGUGAUUUCGAUGAUUUCGAUAUGAUACGGGAGAUGUUGCCUGACUUGCAGCAUCAUGCACUACGUCUCAUUAAUUUUCUUAUUCCUAUUAUUUCUUCUACCGUUUAUACUAAAGAGAUUACUGCUACUGGUACAAAAAUGUACAAAAAAAAGGAAUUUUUUCUACAGACCUUAAAAUUAAUUGUUUCGCAAUAUACACAUGCACAUUAUAUAAAUUUAUCACAAUUCUUAAACCGUUUAUCAGAAGACGAGGUUCAUACUUUGCUUUUUGCUAAUGCAGCAUUGCUUUUAUCUGAACUUUAUAACCCUCUUUCUGAACCUCCUACAUUUGAAGAUUUAACACAACAGUAUAAUUCAUUAUAUGAAAUAAAUCAACAACUUCCUUUCAUAUUUAACAUUGCAUUUUCGAAUCUAUAUUUGCAGAUAAUUGAGUUACGAACACAAUUAUUUAUACAUGCAAUCUGGCUUAAUAAAAUAUCAAAAGACCAUGAGGAAAAUUUUCAAUUUAAUGAAAAUAACGAAUUAAAAAAGUAUUUUAUGAAUGAAAAUGACUUAUUUGAAAUAUCAAAAGAAGAUAAAAAAGCAUAUAACGAUGCAUGUAUAGAAAGAGUAGAAAAGAUACAACACAUAAGAAAAUUUUCGACUUUAGAAGCUUUAAUUGAAGCAUUUCCAUGGCAUAAUUUUAUUAAAUUAACGACAAAAUUUAUAGAAAAAAAUAUAUUAGAUUUAUUAAAUGAACCCAAGGCAAAUAAAUUAAGUCCAAAAAAUUAUAAAGAGGAAAAGACAUCAAUUAUACCUUUUAAUUCACAAUUUUCAGAAGAUUCUAAAAAUGAUGACAAGAAUCUUAUAUAUUCGUUAGAACAGAAAGAACAUAUUUUUAAUUCGGAAAAUGAAGGAGAAAUUUCAGCAAGUGACAUAAAACAUCUUAGUCAAAUAGUUUUAGACGUUCAAAACGAUGAUGUUAAACAUAUUGAAAAUAAUAAUCAAGAUUCUAAAUACAUAAAAAACUUUUUUGAUAAACAAAAAGAUUAUCAAAAAAUUAUGUGGGAACUUCAAAAUGAGAAUUCUAAAUCACUAAAAAAGAGAAAUUCAUUCCAAGACACAUUUAAUAAUCCUAAUAUAUCUAUUCAAUAUGAAUCCGAUUACAAUAGGAAGAAAGAAAGACAUAUAAAACAUAGCCUAUUACCUUCUAUUUCAACAAAAGCAAAAAAUCUAAAAAGUGUACAAAAUUCUGAAGAAAAUUUAAAAACAGAUGCAGUAUUCUUUACAUCAUCUGAUAUGUCUUCCGAUUCAGAAUUUAAUUCACCACUUAGUUCACCUCCUAUUAUACCUUCUAUUUCGGCACAAAUUGCCAUGGAACUUUAUAAAAAGUCUCUUGCUAUUCAAGGAUUAAGUUCUACUUUAAUUAUGAAUAAAAAUAAUGUACAAUCUACCGACAAUACAGAGGAAAAAAAACAUAGAUUAAUUAAAAAUUCAUAUCAGAAUUACAGUGAUCUUAAGCAACAUUUUCAACUUAAUAAAGUUCGUAGAAAAGAAUAUAAACAUCAACAUAGAGUACCUUGGUCAGAAGUCGAAACUAGUUGUUUAAUGAAAGCUAUAGAAGAGCAUGGAUCGCAGUGGUCUUUCAUAUUAUCUCUUUACGGACCUAAUGGAACUCUAAGUAGGGAUUUGGCCGAAAGGGGACAAGUUCAGCUUAAGGAUAAGGCAAGAAGUAUCAAAGAAGAAUAUAUUAGGGCUCAAUGGAAACUCCCACCUGGUUUCGAAUCUAUUACUUGUAAAUAUGAUUAA